AAAAUAAUGACAACAUAAAUCAAUGUCAAUACAAAUCAUAUCACUGACAAGUUGACCAUCUAGAAACAAAUAUUUGUGAUCAUUUCUGUAGCAAAUUUACAAAAUGUUAGUUAUAGUAUCGCACACAGGCACUGCGUAUUGCCGAAUGGUAACUUCCGCUGUUGUGGUGGGCUUUUGUCAUAUCAUCAUUGGUGCCACUCUUAUGCCCGUAGUAAUGUAUUGCAUGAACCAGAAUUUCAAAGACAUGCAUGUUCCACUGUACGUUUUUGGAUUCCAUUUCUUCUGCGCAGAAGCACUCCUCUUCUUGAACUAUGCCAACGGCCUGUCGACUCCAAUGCGGCUGAAGCACCGUAGAGCCGCGCACGGGAUCCUACAAGUCUGCGGUCUGUUAUGCAUCUUAGCGGCCACUAUCAUCGUUUACAUCGAAAGGGGCGCUUCGGGAUCGUCUCAUGGAUUAACAGGUGUGGUCGCGGCGACUUUAGCUGCAUGCAGUCUCCUCAGUUACCCAUUGGCUUUAUACGGCGAUGGCUCACUGAAGCUCGUCCAUAUACUGAUGGGAAUCCCCACAUUUAUUGUCUCCUCAAUCAGUCUCUGCCUUGGCUUCUUCACUUCCGAGUUCAAGAACUGGGCAGGAGAUUCGCUUGUCUACAUACUUACAGGCUUUGUUACAUUUUAUACUCUGGUUAUUACUAUUAAAAUUAUAUUAAAAUGUUGUUCGAGAAUGAAAAUCUAA